AUGACCAAGUCCCAGAGAUCCACAACUGGUUGUGUUGCAUGCAAAUCUAGGCGAAAGAAAUGCGACGAAACCAAACCUCGAUGCUUACGAUGUCUAUCAGCUGGUAGGCCUUGCAGCUACGACUACGUCGAAUAUUCGCACAGCGAAAAGCAUCGGGUGAAAAGGACAAAACCGGCUGCUCAAAAUAGUUACAAUUCUGAUAUUGUAACAGCUGAAACCAUCCCGAUCGGCUCUUCACUCCCCGACCCUGGUCCCUCGGCCAUUCUUUCUUAUGCCGCCAACUCAAAUUACUCUGUUUCCCACGACAUGCGGGGUAACGACACCAGCAUCAACCUCAACCAAGCCUUGGCUCGAGAUCCCACUAGGUCCCUUCCCUAUGAUAUCUCAUUCGACACGCAACCAAUCCCCAUCGGCCGCGGUUUACAUUCUUCGAACAACCCACUGGGUGUUGUUCGGGUGCCGACCGACGCUCCUCAGGUGUAUGGCACGAUCCCUGUUACAUCUGGCCCAAGUAUGCAUAUUGUAGCGGAGCUAGAACUCGAACCCGAGGAUGACGAAGAUGAAGAAGGGACUGGUGACCUUGAAGGUGUUCAUGCUAUUCUAUGCAGGCCUCUCACUAUGGACAAAAAUGUCAAGGAUAACACUCUGUCAUUUGUAUUGCAAUGUUAUUCCGAGUGGGCUAUUGCUAGUGUUUUUGAACCUCGGAAGAUGGCAUAUAUCAUGCGAGAACAGAUCAUCGAACAGUUUGCUUUCGAGAAUUCGCGGGUGCGGACAAUUCUCCUGGCGAAUAUAAUGAGCAUGUAUGCAAAAAACUUGACGAUGGGUAGGAGUGGAGCGACAAUGCUUAGACGCUUGGCGUUGACUGCACAGAUGGAUGCCUCCCGGUUCAUAGAAUCACCACCUUCUCCUGUGCCGGAACUGGAUCAACAAAAUGCCAUCCGCGUUUUGGAUAACGUACUUGAGAUACUGUCACUUCACACACACACGCUAUCUACGUCCGAGUGUUUUCAGUUGGUAUGCAACACCGCGGCCGUUUUUCGGCGUGCGUGUCCGGAACCAGAAGGACAGCCGGUUAACCUUGCGAACAUCAUGCUGAGUCCUAACCUCAACCUUCGACAUUUCGGGUAUCUUGAAAUUCUUAGCAAUGUGGCUACCGGCCGGCCCUUGUAUUUUCAAUUCGAGGUGCCGUUUUCACUUGAACUAUGCGACCAGAUGUACCGGAUGCAAGAUAGUUGCGGUUUGCAAUGGCUUUAUGGAGUUCCGGAUCAGUUUAUCAUGCUCUUUGCCUGGAUUUACUCGCUAUCCCAAAGACCUGAUUCCGACAACUUGGAACUCGUUGCCUGGAUCGAAACAAACUUACCUCAAAUCAAGCUUGCUAUUGAUCAUUUUGGAGACCCAUUGCUACGAAUCCGAAGAAUGGCAGUACUAGAGUGUUGGAGAUUUGUGGUCCUAAUCUAUCUUUACAUGUUUUUGUGCAAGUCGAAUGCCAGUGAUCCUCGUGUGGUGCAUACUCACACGGGCUUCAUGCGGCUUAUCAGGGGACUAAAGCCAGGACGACACCCCGACUGUUUAAUAGCUCCAAUAAUCAUUGCCGGGGUCGCCACUAUUGAGGAGCAGGACCGAGACACCAUCCGCCAAAGGAUAUUAAAUGUCCAACAAUGGGCGACGCGGGGAACUGCUGCAAACGACCAUAUGCGAGUGCUUGAGGAUAUAUGGGCUCGGACACGCGCCGAAAGGCGACCCGCUGUAUGGUCUGACCUCAGGGAAGCCUACUAUAGAGUCUCGGGACAGUGA